GUGACAUAGUUAUAGAUUUUAUACGCAAAAGGACCGCGCGCGCCAUCAUACCAGAGCGCACACUGUUCUACAGAUAUAGGACCGGAAAACGAAUUAUUAAUCGAGCUUUAUAUCAAAAUUUAUUUUGCUGUGAAUGUAAUUUAACAUCGUGAUCUCAUACAUAAAACUGAUAAAUGAAAUUGUACAAGUUUUCCGAGAGUGAAGACUCAGAACGCCUACAUAAAAGCCACUCCAGUAAAGCGAAGAACCUUUUAAUAACCGUUGUCUGAUAAUUUAGAUUGCCUUUUUGAAGGGAAUCUAGAAGCAGAAUGCGAUCAACUGAAGGAGCUAGAGAAAGCACUUUAAGUCAGGGAAGAAAUUUUCCAUAAGCUCUAUAUGAAGGUAACUAUGUUAUUGAAUGCUUCAAGAAUAAAGACUAAAAGGGGGAAACAAAAUAGUUUGAAGAAAGAUAUGUAAGCGGUGAGAUGACUGUUAAGCCUAGUUUCAAGGAAAUAAACAAAAAACUCAAAGAAUGAAGAGAAAAGAAAGACAUGAAAACAAACGUCAAAAUACAGGAAGGAUAACAGGACAAAAUAUCUUGAAAUUACAUUGACAACGGUAAGAGUGCAAUAACAUUUGAUUAAUGAAUACUUGACAAAUAGGAAAACAUCGUCAUUUUAAGCAAAAAUUUGACAUUUUAUAAUUAAAUCCGACCACGUUUUUACCUAGAUCUUUCUCCUUGCUAAUCACCAUUACUUAGAUCGAAAUCAGACAGUUAUACUAAUAUUGCCCGAGAUCGCACUGUGUUUUAUUUUAUGCAAGUUGCUGUCGUCUUGAAGGUGAGUCAUGAAUUUUCGUAUCCUUUGCUAAGAAACUUUGAAAUAUUGAUAUGAAAGAGAAACUAGCUGCGUGACGUAUAUCCCGCCAGGCAAAAUCCGCGAGACGCGCAUAACCGUUAGGAAAUGAGAAAGCGAGGCGCACGUAAACGUUAAGAGGCUGCAAAAGAAACGCAGGCAAUCGUUAUGGCAAAAAAUGCUGCGAUACGCGCAAAAUCGCUGGAAAAUGGGCUGAGACGUGCGAGACGCACGUAAUCAUUAAAAAAACGUAACUGCUAGACGCACAUAACCGUUACGGMAAUAAAGACUGCAGACGCAGAGGACGUAAACGCUAGGAAAGCKCAUUGAUAUGGAAUGGAGCGUUUCUUCAAUUUAUUCACUGCUGCGAACAAAAUAUAGCUACGCUAACCGUUACCCAGCAACAGCGAUUUGAGUAAAAUCACCUUGACUGAUCACUUUAAAUGGGUAAACAGUCUUUGACGGAUCCGCUAAAGGCAAUAAAAUCACUUAAACUGUCUAGGGACUAGCCCAUCUAAAUCACAUUAUUUUAAAUCUGAUGGUGCAGCAUCGACAUUAACGUGUGGUUUCGCACACAAUAGAAAAAACAAUAGAAUUAUUCGAAAGGGAACAUUUAAAGACUAGAAAACAUCUCAAAGUGAGUUAAGGCCUGGGUCAUGUUGAAUUCUAAAGUAAUUCAAAGUACUGGGAAGUUGAACUUACGCAAGAAUCUACCACGUUAAAGUGACUUGAAUACUUGCAAAGAAAAAGCUUUCUUCAAAAAUAGAAAUGAUUGGUACUAGAAACUGUAGCCCCGCCACGAGCUAAAGAUCAUGAAAAUGUUACUUAAAGAACAGCUGGUUAUUGUAUUCGUCUGUGUUAGCCUUGUCAAAAGCCAAAACUCCUCGGAUUCGGGCUGUUUGCCUCCAUGCGUUUGUCAGAAAACUGGSGGCAACAGCAUUUCAGCUUCGUGUCGAGUGGAGAASAUCGAGGACUUAUCGAAAUUUAUCUUACAACCAAGAAAUGUUACUGAAUUGGAUGUUUUCGCCGCACAGCUUUACACCAUUCAACCAUUAUCAUUUUCAAGAUUUUCAAGUCUUCUUUCUCUUAAUCUGUCAUUCAAUGGUAUCGAAGUCAUUGGGAAGGAUGCAUUUARAGGUUUAAAUGAGCUACAAUCACUAGAUCUCAGCCACAAUAGGAUAAGAUACUGGGACGACAGUGAGAUAUCUUCUCAGCUUUCCKCACUACARACGAUCAACCUAUCAGGAAAUCCAUCAUGGACGCCAUCAAUUGAACUCUUAGAAAUCGGCUCCCUAAAGAAUAUUAACGGUCUCACGUGGAACUCUCAUUGUACGCAAUGCWAUCUCGUUAAGGAYAUGGAAAAGAACAAGACUGAGUUAUACAAGAMAGGAAAUUACGGUGUUUAUAUAGUUUGGCACUGUAGAGGGACAGAGUAUACAGUUACCAAGGAAACRCAAAWGUUUGCCAAAUAUGGAUUUUACCCAGAAUGCUUCAGCACAAACCGGAAGUGCUACGAAUCUCAAAUCAAAGGAACCAAGAGCCAUCGAUGUUGGGAGACUGACAAUGUGAUACUUUACCUGGAAUAUUUCRUUGGGAUUAUUUCGAUUAUUCUAAAUAUUACCGUGGUAGCGGUGACAUUUAACAGCCCCCUUAAGAACGACGUUGCUAUGCUCUUGGUCUCCAAUCUGGCUUUUAGUGAUUUCUUAAAUGGCAUUUAUAGUAUCGCUAUUACAAUAUCAAGACAAGUAUCAACUUAUACUGUAUUUCUAACGUAUCUUGAUAGUCUAUGUUCGGUUUUGGGCUUCCUGUGGGUUUCUUCACAGUUUGGUAUAAUCCAAACAUCWGUCUUACUAACAAUAGARCGUUACGUCACGAUUAUAUUCUCCAUGAAACCACACCUUAAACCAACUCCAACUAUUGCAAAAUGCUUCAUCUGUGUCACGUGGUUGGUUGCUAUAACAGCAGCUGUGUUACCAUUGGUUGGACCSAUGGGCUCUUACGUCACCAACACWUACUGCGUUCCCAUGCARCCCUCAAAACUAGUGCCAGGCUCUUUCAUGUACAGCGUGGCCUUAUCGGUAGUGGGCGUGAUACUCUAUUUUUUAACAAUACCCUUGUAUGUSAAGAUAUUUGUGUACGUACGACAGUCAAGCCARCGAAUGGGAAUCAAGCGUGACGCCAAGAUUGCCGGACGAAUCCUAAUUCUCGUUGUSUCRAACAUGAUAUUCUUCAUACUUCCAAUAAUUAUUGCCUUACUUUGGUUAUUAACUGACAUAUUCAAGAAAGGGAUAUCAGUUCAGGCYCGCAAUGUUCUCGUUGGUGUWUUUCCAACGCUGUGUUUGAGUUUAAACAGUUUUUUAAAUCCUUUGUUGUACGCUUUCAGAAACAACAGGUUCAGACAGGCUUUGCGCUUCAGAAUCAAUCGGCUUGUAAUUAGGCAAAACGUUGUUGAUGAUAUCUCGUUGAARUCUAGAUCAAUGGGUAGUCGCGCGGACUAAAGACGCAUACGUCACGCCUCAAACACCAAAUACCCGUAGGCGGAUACCUUCGAUGGAGCAAACGCAGGAAAACCAUGAAAUAAAAUCAAACUAAAUACUAACAAAUAGCGGCUAUUUAGAGACAAAUUGUCAGUUUCACUAUAAGCGAGAACGCAGUGAAGAUGAGCCCUCAUGGGACCAUUUUUAAUUCAUCUUGAUUGCGUUCUCGUUCACUGAUACUAACAAUUUGUCUCUAAAUAGCCGCUAUUUGAUAGUAUUUAGUUUGCUCUACUGAUUUUUUUUGUGCGUUUAGCCUUACUGUUUCACGCAAAACGCCGAAAACGAUGAUUUUUAAGUGAAUACGCUUUGCGUUUUGAAAAUGAAGAUCGUUUUCGCAUAUACGCAAAAGAUACGUCUUUUGAAAUAUCCGGAUACUUGUGAACGCUGCCUCACUCGCACAGAUUUCAUUUGCUGGUUCCGGUCAUGUUGUUUGUACGAUCAAUAAAUGCUAAAGAGAUAGCCAACAUGGCUGCCACUACAACAAAGAAAACUAGCAAUUGAAAAUAAUAGUACAGCAGCCUGGGGCCGGCUUUAGGAUGUAACGCUAUACAACGGGUAAAUCCUUAUUCACCAUCAUUCUUGGUGCGCAAGUUACGUCAUCGCCGCCAUGUUGGAUGAACAUCACAAAGCAUUUCUCAUUAUUUUCUCUUGUUCAUUCACUCAACAUGGCGGCGAUAGCUUUGUUCUUUAUCUCUGAGGGGAUCCGGAAAAACCUGGUCAUGUGGUUGCACACCAAAAAUACAAAAUAUAAGGCCCUGUUUACAUGAGAUAGAGUACCCCUACGUGGUUGGGCUAACUCUUUUGUUUUCUUUUCCCUGGAGGAUUUAAAACAAAGGAUUUUGGCCCUACCACUAGGGGCACCCUAUUUCAUGUAAACAGGGUCUAAGGAGUGGAUAACUUAUCUACCUUUCGUACAAAAUUGUUCCAACAAAUUCUUGGUAGACAUCAUGUGCACAAAUACGUUGACCUGCUGAGCAGGUGCGCGCAAGAUGAAAUUCCAAAAUCUUCAAUUUUCGACCCCAAACAGGUCAUAUGAAUACAUAACUCGCCUCUUUAAAAAAUUCGUUCCUUAACYCUACGUUUUCGUUGACCGAGAACGCCGUUUAUGUCUAGACGGGAGGUUAGAACGAUUAUAAGCCAUAUAUUGAAGGGUAAGACGAAUCAACAAAAACCGUGAAACACAAACUAUUAGAUAUAAAAGAAACGAAUAGUUAGCAAAUGGARUGCGCGCUAAAUCCGCGAAACAAAGAUGAUAAUUGCUAGUAAAUAGUGYUACUUAGACAGUAGCAAACAAAGGUUUAUAGAAAUAUUACAAUAGCAAUAUUUCAAAAUAAAAACAAAAAUGACAAAUGUA